UCUGUGCGGUCUCGAUACGACGACUUUGCGCCUCACCACAACUGUCCAAGCACUCGCAACGUCAAGCACGGUCGCUUUGCCACUUGGCUCUCCAUCGGCAUACUUUUCUUGGCCGUUUUUGCGACAGUCUUCUCCGCCGCAUUCUUGAUCGUCGCCAUCAAAGGUCCAAAGUAUGGGCGUGCGAUCCGGAAUGGAGGAGCAAUUUCUCCAUCAUCGGCCGCAUUUCUCACUUCACUAUUCGCGAAGAUGAUCGAACUUGCCUACGUCACGGUGGUGGUCGCCUUCGUUGGCCAGGCACUUGCCCGUAGGGCCUUCAAGUUGGAGCGCGCCAGAGGCGUAACGUUGGCUGAGCUUAGUAUGCGAUCGUGGAUCAUGCAGCCUGGCGUAAUGCUCACACAGUGGGAAACCGUACGUUACGCAGGUAUCUCCAUCCUAGGAUUGAUCUCCUUUCUCGCGGCUCUUAUGGCAAUCCUGUACACCUCUGCUGCCACCGCACUGGUGCAGCCGCAGCUCGUGGUCCCCAACUUCGAGCAUAAAGUCAUGAGCGGUCUGGUCAAGUCACAAUUUGCGAACCCGCAAUACAUUGGCAAGAACUGUCAAACUCCAGUCACGGAUGCAAUGGAUCCGGUCUACGUUGAUACAACAUGUUUGCAGAUCGAGCACUCUGCAAUGGCAUUUGUCAACUAUCGCACUUUCCUGGCGAAUUGGGACGAUGCCGCGCAGGUGUAUGGCAACAGUACUAAUGACCUUGCAAAAAGACCCAAAGGCUAUGCGUUAUUCAACGACAAUACAACGAUCAUCGCUCCGUGGGUCGAGCGAAGGUCACAAUCAAAUCCGCAGCCGAACCCGGGCUAUCUUGUGAACAAUAUCACUAUGGCUAUGCCUCACGUAGGAGUCGUCCAAGCAGCGAUGGAUCCGAUCAAUAAUCUGGUACAACCCUGGGAAGUGGAAGGUGCUUCAUACAGCAUCCGAGCUUCAGUGCCCUCGCCAGUAGUGAAUGUGCUCUGUGCCACACUGACCGAAACUCAACUCGAGCCUUUCAUAUAUCAAAAGUGGAAUCAUACGGGAUGCGACACCAGCACAUGGAUCGAUUGGCCGACAUGUCUGACUUAUCCGAACGGGACAUAUCCAUACUUGAACGGCACGGAUCAGGGCCUGUAUAAGGUCUUCAAGUGGGGUGAGAAGUACGGCAGCGCGAGGUACCCACCAGUCUUUGCAAGACUUCCCAAGGAUUUCAACACUAUCGUGAAUGACACAAAAGGCAUGGCAUGGGGCUCCACAUCCAUAUAUCUCCUCGGCAAGAGCGAUUCGGCAGGCCCAGUAGCAGGUAAUUACGCACUCUGUGAGAUUCAGGCUGGCCAAACACCCAAUUGCUACACGACCUACAAUGCCACCAGUAGUGGUGGAGAGAUGGAGGCAGUGUGCGAGUCUAAUCACAUACUGCAGUAUAACAACAGUGAGCCACUUGCACUUAGUGGUAACGCUACGUUGAGUAAAGAUUGGGUGAACAUUGGCAGCGAAUGGUCAAGGGCUCUUUCCCUUAAUGCCGGCCAAUUCGACGGCAACGCCUCGAAUGCCCGACUACUGACACAGUUCAUCCUCUCUGAUGUAAAUACCGGAAACCUCAGCUCCGGAUUUCCUUCGACAGCAGAGGCUCUCGCGGUGCUCGCAGGCAAUACUUUGAUGCAAGCCUCUCAAGACUCUCCCUUUGUAAUGUUCUGGAAUUACACCAACCCCACAAUCGAUGGCUCGUACCAGCAAUUCAACGCGUCGGUCAGAGUACAGCAAUACGCCAGCGGCGGUAAUCAGGACUACCAGAAACCCUUCUACGUGGUCCUGACCAUUGUCUUCCUCAUGAACUUCUUCAUCCUCGGAUACUUCGCUUUACAUCGCGAUUGGUACACAGAUUUCAGCGAUCCGAUCCAUCUCUUCUCUUUAGCAGUCAAUUCCCCUCCGUCAGAAGCUCUUGCUGGAUCUUGUGGUUGUGGUCCUAGCGGCGAGCAAUACAAAGUCAGCUGGAAACUUCACAAGGACGGCGAACAUUUUUACAUGGAG